UUGUUUUAGUGAUAGGUUACUGUUAUUUAGAUAAGACACAUAUGCUAUUUAAACGUUAUUAAAAAUUCUAUAUAGUUUGAUUGUAUAGAUCACAUUGGUAUUACAUUUUACUUAAUACUUGAAAUAUUUACUUAAAUAUACACUAUAUUUGAAAAUUUACUUAAUUUAGUAUCCAUUGUAUAUUGUAUGAUCAUUUUGUUGUCAUAAAUAACUGAACCGCCUUUGUUUAUUUUUUAAGAAUUAUCCAUAGUUGAUGUUAAUUUAUGUUCAGUUAAUUUAAUUGGUUAAGGUUAAUCGAUUGUUAUUUAAUAAUUAAUAGGUUGAUUGUCGUUCAUUGAUUGUUAAUUAGGUUGAUUGAUUGUUAAUUGAUUGACCAUGUUUGUCCCAAAAAAUAUCUACCUAUCGCUUCUGAAAAACAACAACGGCAGCAGCAGCAGUAGUAGAGGCAGUAAAAACGUGAAUAAAUUACUAAGGGUCUUAUGUGCUUCUGACAAAAAUCUACCAAAACAUGCAUCCACAGCAGCUAAAUUCAAACCAACGUCAUCAUCAACGUCAUCAACUACGUCAUCAUCAUCGUCGUCGUCAUCGUCAUCUAAAGAAUCAUCAUCAUCAUCGUUUAAACCAGCCCAGGAAUCAAACUCAUUUGCCAUGAAUAUAUUUAGGGGUGUCAUAAAGCACCAGGAUGUCUUUCCAUAUAAGGAUGUUUUAAAUGAAGAACAGAGGGAGAAUGUACUUGCAAUGAUUGAUCCAGUUGAAACAUUUUUUAAGGAGCACAACGACCCAGCGAGGAAUGAUGAAGAUGGUGGUGUGAAUGCAGACACCAUGUCCAAAUUGAAAGAGUUGGGAGCGUUUGGUGUGCAAGCUUCUGAUAAAUAUGGGGGAUUAAACUUGAACAACACGCAGUACGGAAGGAUAGGGACCAUCAUCGGGGCUAACGAUCUAGGUAUCUCCGUCAUGCUGGGUGCCCAUCAGUCUAUCGGUUACAAAGGAAUCUCACUGUUUGGCACCGAGGCUCAGAAACAAAAGUACAUUCCUUCUUUGGUCACUGGAGAAAAGAUGGCGGCAUUUUGCCUAACUGAAUCCGGAAGUGGAUCUGACGCCGGGUCCAUACAAACAAGAGCAGUUCUGUCACCAGAUGGCAAGCAUUACAUUCUGAAUGGAAAUAAAAUUUGGAUCAGCAAUGGAGGAAUGGCUGAAGUGUUUACUGUUUUCGCCAAGACCCCCGUAACCGAGCCUGGAACGGGACUGACCAAGGACAAGAUGUCCGUCUUCAUCGUCGAACGAGGUUUCGGGGGUGUGACCAGUGGUCCACCAGAGAAAAAGAUGGGCAUAAAAGCCUCAAAUACAACUGAAGUUCACUUUGACGAUGUGCAUGUACCGAAAGAGAAUUUACUGGGAGAACCAGGCGAAGGUUUCAAGAUGGCCAUGACGAUCCUGAACAGUGGAAGAUUUAUAAUGUCGGCCCUCCUCUCAGGUACGAUGAAGGCCUGCAUUGAAAAGGCUGUGGAGCACGCGAGCAACAGGGCCCAGUUUGGCAAAAAGUUGGAAUCCUUCGGCACCAUUCAGGAAAAAAUCGCUCGGAUGACAAUGGCCCAUUAUAUUACUGAGAGUAUGGCUUACACGGUAGCAGGCAAAAUGGACCAAGGGGCGUCGGACUAUCACGUCGAAGCCGCAAUCAGCAAAAUAUUCGGAUCAGAGUCAGCCUGGUUUGUUGCUGAUGAAGCCAUUCAAAUUCUGGGCGGAAAUGGAUAUAUGAAGGAAGUUGGUUUAGAAAGAGUUCUGAGGGACAUUAGAAUUUUCAGAAUCUUCGAAGGAACGAAUGACAUUCUGAGGUUGCUAGUGGCUUUAACUGGAAUUCAAUACGCUGGCAGUCAUUUGAAGGAGCUGCAAAGUGCUUUUAAGAACCCUACCGCGAAUUUGGGACUGCUGAUUGGGGAGGGUUCUAAGAGGGCAAUGAGAUUCGUUGGAAUGUCGACUACAGAAUCAUUGGCCAAACAAGUUCAUCCUAAUUUGGUAGAGUCUGCUAAUUUGGUUACGUCAUGCAUUGAAAAUUUCGGCAUAGCAGUUGAAAGCCUUCUCUUUAAAUACGGCAAAAAUGUUGUCGACGAACAAUUCCUAUUAAACCGACUUGCCGACUCGGCGAUAACGAUAUUCGCUAUGACGGUGGUUCUUUCGAGGGCUACCAUGUCAUUCCAGAAAAACUUCAACUCAGCCCAACACGAGGAAAUUAUUGCCCAGACCGUUUGUGUUGAGGGCUAUCAAAAGGUCAGAGGUUACCUGCGAUAUCUGAGAAACGACGCUAGGAACAAGAAGAACUUUGAACAGAUCAGGCAGAUAAGUAAGGAUGUUGUUGGCAACGGUGGUCUCAUCUACAAUAGUCCCCUUGGUUUCUAACGAUUGGCAGGGCAUCUGACGUGCCUUCUACGAUUUCUUUUUAUUAAAAACAGAAAUGUUGAUGAAAACUUGUUGGGAGAAUUUGUUGUAUUUAAAAAAAUGAUAUGCAUAAUAAGUUGCACUCGUGCCAAAGAAUGAUUUUGAAUUACAAUAAAAUAUUAAAAUUAUUUAUUACUUUUAUUUAAUAAAUUAAGGAUCGACA